AUGGUGGCGGAGCUCCACAGUCCUGACUUGCUACAUGCUGCUGAUCACAUCUCUUAUACCAGCACAGCUGGCGAGGUAGACAGUGACUCCCAACGCCUACCCGUUCCAGCUGGCGAGGGGGACAGUGACCCCCAACACCUACCCGUCCCAGCUGGCAAGGUGGACAGUGACCCCAAACGCCUACCCGUUCCAGCUGGCGAGGUGGACAGUGACUCCCAACGCCUACCCGUUCCAGCUGGCGAGGUGGACAGUGGCCCCCAACGCCUACCCGUUCCAGCUGGCGAGGUAGACCGUGACUCCCAACGCCUAAUGGUUCCAGCUGGCGAGGUGGACAGUGGCCCCCAACGCUUACCCGUUCCAGCUGGCGAGGUAGACAGUGACCCCCAACGCCUACCCGUUCCAGCUGGCGCGGGGACGGAGGUCAAACCCCCAUAG